AUGACUAUCCCUGAGUACGACCGGUGGUGGGAUCAGAAGAUUAACGACAACAUCCCUAUGUUAGAUAAAGGAAAUCCUCGAUUGAUAGAAGAACACUUGAAAGUAAUCCCAUCUGAGCUAGAAAUCAUCAAGCAAGAUUUCCAGAGAAAAAGUCGGGAGCUAGAAAAAAGGAUUGAGCAAUUGGAGGAAGAAAAAAUGCAGCUAGGGUUAGAUGUCGAUGUUCAGAAACUAGAAGCUGAAAGACUCAGUAAAGGAAAAAACAAGGAUGAAGAGGACUUGGACAGUUUGAAAACAGACUAUAAGAAGCUGUGUAGGUCAAUGAGAACUGUCGGGUUAGGAAAAACAUUUGAACAGUGGCGACAGGAAGUAAAAGAAGAGAAAAGCAAAGCCAACCAAUGGGAAGAAAAACUCUGUGAUGCUCAAGCUCGAGAAAGUGCUCUGAAAGGAAGUUUGGUAGAAAGCCAGAAUGAGAAGGAGGGGUUAAAGAUUCGGGUAUCAGAGUUAGAAAGGUCCUUGUAUCAGUAUCGUUCGCGUAACUCUAUAGUCGAGUUGAAAGCUAGUCAGAGCAGAAUCGAAGAAUUAAAAGAGAAGAUAGAAGAACUUCAAACGGUGCUGCAAAAUCGUGAACUUCAGAUUGAACUCCUCGAGGUAAAUAAUGAGUGA